AUGCGCUCUGACUCUUGGAAUUCGAUAGAGGCCAAUUGGGCUUACCCGAGACAGCCAGUCCAGACCUUGGCCUUUGAGGUUCGUGAUCCUCUGGAUGAUGAGGGUGGUUUGUCCAAGCUGCUACGUGCUGCUGGUGGUCCUGGGCAGGGUGAAGAGGAUUUCUCUGCGUUUGUUUCCAUCCUGGGUAAGCCUGGAUGCGACACUUCAUUGGAGCGGGCAGCAUGGGAGGCGGUGCAAAGCUUUCAAUGCCGGAGAAGGCAGCGCUGCACUCGCCAGGAGGUACUGGUGGCCUUGCAGAUGUCAGGCGCCGCACCCUCGCAAGAUGCAGCAAAUUGCCUCAUUGAUGCUUUGAUCGAAGCAGAAGCAGAGCAGCAGCACCAGAGUGCUGAAAGUCGAUCACUCCCUGUGACACUUUCUCCAUCUUUCGCGCACAGCGGAGCAGGUUUUUCAGCUUUGCCGGAGCGCAUGCGGAGUUGGUGCCCAGUCUGUGAGGCAUGUGGUAGUCGUGGCCACACCAAGACAGCACCGCAUUUAGUUUCACAGUACAGGGCAAAAUGCAACAGAAGCUUGCCAAGCUUCUGGGGUGGUGUUUGCGGAGGAGAAGGCCACUCUAAAUGGCAGUGCCCAGGACUUCAGCAGGAUCCUUGGGGCGUGCCACGAUGCUGGCGAUGUCUUGGUCGUCUUCCACGGAUUUCUCUCCAAGGUGACCACCCGGAAGUUGACCGCUUCUUGGCGCAUCACUUGCCAUGUGAGAUCUGCAGUGGGUUGGGGCAUGGCUGGCGCAGUUGUCCACAUAUGGAUGGCGUGGAUACUGUGCAAAUGCGGCAG